AUGUCCGAGUUGCACACAAUACCCCUGGAGACAGGGACCAAGACCGCCGGUGGACACCAGCACCAAGAGAUCGAGCAAAUCGUCGACAGCCUCGGGCCUGGGCUUACUGGCUCAAAAGAAGAGCUUGAAAAUGCCAGGAAUGCGACGGAGCGUGAACACGGUCUGUCAAUCUGGCAAGGUUUCCGAAAAUACCCCAAAGCUGUCGCAUGGUCACUGGUCAUAUCUGGAACGAUUAUCAUGGAAGGAUAUGACCAGAUCUUCAUCGGUUCCCUGUACGCGCAAGGAGCUUUUCAGAAGCGUUACGGCAUCCCUUUCAACGGCGGAUAUCAGAUUCCUGCCAAAUGGCAGACGGCUCUCGGCAUGGUGCAAUUCGUUGGCUCCAUCGUUGGGAACUUGAUCCAGCCACUGUUGACAGAACGAUUCGGAUUGAGGCGCGUCAUCCUUGCAGCCCUCGCCUACCUGGCUGGCGUGGUCUUCAUUACCUUCUUCGCAACUUCUCUGGGCAUGUUGACUGCAGGCAUAUUCCUCUGUGCAGUCGCCUAUGGUAUCUUUAGCACAGCCGGAGCCAUUUAUGCGUCAGAAGUGUGUCCAGUGGUGCUUCGAGGCUACUUGACCUCGUAUAUCCUCCUUUGUUUCGUCAUUGGGCAGCUUGUUUCCGCCGGCAUCACAUACAGUGUGCAGGGCAUGACCUCUCAGUGGGCUUACCGUAUCCCCUUUGCAGUUCAGUGGGCCUGGUUCCCACCGCUUGCGGUGGGUAUCUUCUUGGCCCCAGAAUCUCCAUGGUGGCUUGUUCGUAAAGGUCGCUUGGCAGAAGCAGAAAGAUCUGUCAACCGACUCAGCAACGAAGGCAAUGCUCGCGAACAAGUGGCUCUGAUGGUCCAUACAAACCGGAUUGAACAGGAGCUCGUGUCAGGUUCGACUUACAAGGAUUGCUUCACUGGGUUCGACCUGCGCCGAACCGAGAUCGCCUGUGGUGCAUUCAUAGUCCAGGCAGCCUGUGGUUCAAUCGUUGCUGGCCAGUUGGUUUUCUUCUUCGAGCAGGCCGGACUGGCCAACAGGUUGUCCUUCCAACUCGGCUUGGGCUGCACAGCGUUCUCCUUUGUUGCCACCGUGGCAGGUUGGUUCAUGCUCAGCUACAUGGGUCGUCGUGCACUCUACCUUUGGGGCCUCUUCUUCCUAGGAAUCGUGCUUUUCCUCAUGGGGUUCCUCGCUCUGGCACCCUCGUCGAACUCCGGUGCGAAGUGGGCAACCGCAUCCUGUGUCUUCCUAUACGACAUGUUUUUCUUCCCAAUGAUAGCUGGACCUUGCUACAUUAUUUCGGCGGAAGUUUCAUCGACAAGACUUCGAUCCAGGACUGUGGGUUUGGCGCGAAAUGCAUACAAUCUCAUCUAUAUCAUCAUCAAUGUGAUCAACCCACAAAUGAUCAAUCCGACAGCAGGAAAUUGGAAGGGAAAAAUCGGCUUCUUCUGGGGAGGUGUCACUAUUCUCUGUUUUGUAUGGACAUAUUACAGGUUGCCUGAAUGCAAAGGCCGAACAUAUGAGGAACUGGAUUUGAUGUUCGCACAGAAAGUGGAUGCGCGGAAGUUCAAGACUUGUGAGGUGCAUCCUUACGCCGAGGGUGAAAAGGUCCACGUUCAGUGA